AUGCAUUGGAAUAUAAUUUCUAUUCUUGGCCAUGACACGGUGGAAAACAUUUUAUAUGCAGUAACUGCGAACGGAAGAACGGUUUUGAAAAGCACUCAAGAUCAUUCGUCAAAGUUCAUCACUGUCUCAGUGAAUGACUGGGAUGCCGUUAAAGUCAAAGGCACCACAAAUCUUGCUGUUAUGAUUGGAAGUGAAUUGAUUAUCAAUGACACCAACAAGACACCACCGACUGAGCAUACAGUAACUUCAACCAGCGGCACCAAGUGGAGAGGUAUAAAACUUUGAUACUGGAUCGGAGAAAUUCUAGUUAAAAGAAUGCCAUUCAGCGUUUCCACGCGUUUCCUUCCGUGUAAUUGUAGGGAUUAGAGCAAUAGUUUGUAUAACACUGUAA